UAAACGCUGUCAGUCGGCAAGCGAUUCAGCUCGAACCUUUUGAAGCAGUCCAGUUAGGUUUCUUUUCGACAAAACAUCAGCACAGAACGUCUAAAAAUUUUCUAAGUAUUUAAUAUAUUUGUUAUGUAUAUAUAUCCACUGCAUUAGGUACGGGAAUUUGGCGUUUAAAAUGGCUUUUCCGAGGGCUAAGAAAAGAAGUAAGAAAAUCGAGGCGACGCCAAUGGAUGAGGACGAAAAAAAGAAAAAUCGUGAACGUAAACAUGUCUUGCGUCAUAUAUCGCGGGCACCCGGAAAAUGUGCCUUGUGUAAUCAAUUGGUGUUCCCAUCGAGCAUGCUGCUUCACAUGAUCCGCAAGCACAAUAAUAGUCCGAAUACCGACUUGGCGAUCAUCUAUGACGACCAAGGACUCCGUAAAAACUUCAAUCUAAAUAGGUUAAAAUACGACAAGCCGCAGGCGUUGAAUAUACUCCUGUAUGCUGGCACCGAGGGCAAGCCGCAAACUCGACCAGCUCGCAGAUUUUUGAGUUUUUCCAAUUACGAUCUCCCUCUUAUUUUGCGUCAGUACGAGCAUCAUUUAAUGAUGAUCCUAAUGAUUUGCAAGACGUCUUGUUCCUCCAUGCUGCCCAGAAGAAAUUCCAUGCUGAAGAAAAUGCGUAAUACGCCGGAGAACACCAUAUAUGUUAUCUGGGUGAUUGGCCCGGAGACCACGAGUCGAAUGUUUUAUACGCUGACUGCAUUCGAUCGCAGCUACACACAAUCGCGCAGUGUUAUCCGGAAAACAAGGAAUUUCUUUCUAUCGCAGCGUCCGAAGGACUUCCUUUAUAACGAGAAUGAUUACCUGAUGCUUCGCCAUGAGGAGGCAAUGGGUUUAAUGAGAGGCGAGGGCGACGAAGUGUAUCAGACACCGUACAUUAAGCUGGAACUAUUUGUGCACGUGGAGCCUAGUCUGGUUUCGUUACCCACACAAUUGCUUCCGAAACCAAUGAUGUCAGAUAAAGUGCGAAAAUUCCCAUUGUCAAAUAAGGCGGUUGAUGUUCCGCUCCCUAGAAUGAUGACGGAACAGCAACUCGAACGGGUCACAAGGAUGUCCAGGGAAGGAGUUAAGGCAGACACUAAGGCCGCGGAAGAAUCAAAUGUCAUCUCAGACGAUGAAGAUAGUGACGUAAAAAAAGGGCUCCUUAUAUAUAUGUACUCAGUGACGAUACCUGAGGACCAGGGAACGCAAAAACAAGUCAAGGACGUAGAGCAAGCAAAUCCACUCGAGACUGGUCCCGUAGUCACGGCUCCGUACCCGCAAGACGAAUUUGAAAAGCACGCAGCCGAUCAGGGAGAAGACAAGUGUCGGCAGCUACUGAAAAGCAUGGAAGGCUGUCCAGAAGCUUCUUCAAAUGAGAUCAAAAAUGUUCUCAAGGAUGUCGCUAAGGAGAGAUCUUUGGGCGACAAGGACUCCAACCAGCAAUCAAUCAAUGAAAGAAAUGAAUUUGUUAAUGACCAAAAUAAGCAUAACGAGUCCUCAGAAAUGCAGUCAGGAUCACACGAAAAGGCCGAAUUGAGUCAAGAAGGUUCCCAAAAAAGCUCUGAGAUAUUUAACUUGGUAAAACCAAUCAACAAUCGAGUAGAGCAAACUAUUAAGGAUGAAGUGUUUGAUUGGAUCAAGGACACAGUACGAAAGGUGGCUGAAGAGACGAUAACUACCAAGCUACACAUAGAUUCUGAAUUGGAACUACAACCAGAACUGGAGACGAAAACCGGAAAUAAAGCCGCGAAGCCGACAAACUAAAGCGGAAACGGAAGCUAUAACUAAAACUAAAGUUCCACCAAAAUUCCAGCAGUAUAACACAUUUAUUUUCAUCCGACUACGAAAUUUUAAUUGAAAA